UAUGAAUUCGAAUCACAUUAGAUUGAAAGCUAAAUCAGAGGAGGGGAAAUAAUCUCAGAGAUUAUAAUAACUAAAAUCAGCAUUUUUGAUUGGGAAUGAUGAAAAAGUUUUAACUCCAAGAUUGACAGCUAAAUCCUGGAUUAUAAUUGAUUCAAAUAAUGGUGAUGUGUUUUAUUCCUUUAAUGAGAAUUAAAGAAGGGAGAUUGCUUCAAUUACAAAAAUAAUGACAUUCUAUGUAGUUUAAAAUAUGUGCAAAACAAUGAAUGUUUAAACUAAUAAUACAUAUGCUGAAGUUAGUUUAUAAGCAAGUUAAGUAGGUGGUACAACAGCUGAUUUGCUUAAAGGAGAUGUAUUGUCUAUUGAGGAUUUAUUUUAUGGAUUAAUGUUACCAUCAGGUAACGAUGCAGCUAUGGCAUUUGCUGAAAAUUUUGGAAUUUAUGCUAUGUAUUAAGAUAAAAUUAAAGGAAAGAAUCCAAUAAAUUACUUUGUGUAGGAAAUGAAUAAUAAAGCAAAAGACUUAAAGAUGACUUAAACUACAUAUGCAAAUCCACAUGGGUUAAAUAAUAAAAAUAAUCUAUCCUCAGCCUAUGAUGUAGCAAAAUUAUGUAAUUAGUUAUUAAAAGAUGAAUUCUUUAAAAAGGUUGUAAAUACAAAAAUCCAUUUCUGUACUAUUUAAGAUGAAGAAGGUAUGAUAGUUAAUAAAUAUUAUAAAGGAUUUACAAGAGAUGCAAUGUGGGAAAAUACAAAUAAAUUACUCUAUUAAGGUUUUCGAGGGAUAAAGACAGGUAAUACAUCAGUAGCUGGUCCUUGUUUGGCAAGUUAUUACCAAACAAAUAAUAGAUCAUUCACAAUAGUAAUAUUGGGAUGUCGUAAUUAGGAAGAUCGAUGGUCAGAAACAAUGUAAUUGUUGUAAUGGUGUUUAUCUUAAAUUCAAUGA